AUGCCUACCAGUACAGCCGCCAUUAGCACCGCCAGCACCAACACAACUACCACACAAAGCAAUGUAUUGUCAGCAUUUCCAAUUGCGGGUCCUCUCUUGUCACAAAAGCCUGUGGUGCUAUGGUUUCACGAUCCCGGCACUUACUCGAAUCAAGACGCUGUCGUGAAUCCCGAUCAGUUUCCCAACUUUCGCGACGGGCAACUACUACGCAUUCACUUUCCUCAGCAAACACAGCAACAACAAGCACAACAACAGUCGUCUUCGCAAAACAAGUCUUCAGUAACGCAAAAACAGCAGGCUGGUGGUGGAGGAGCAAGUUCACAGCAACAGCAGCAGCAGCAGUCGCCACAGCGUCCCCCCAUUAUCGUGAAAGCAGGAUUGGCAGACCGUGAGGCAUUAACCCGACAACAACAUUUACAGAUAUCCAUCUCUCGAGAUAUUGCCGAUCGAUUCAAUCUACGGUCUCGUUUGGAAGUUUAUUUGGAAUUGAUUGAUCCUUCAGCAGCAGCAUUGGAUCAUGUGGAAUUAUCUUUCAAAGAACAAUAUCUGGGUCGUAGUGACAUGUGGCGUCUUCAGCAGCAUCUUCGAGGCACAUGCGUUUAUGCAGAAAAGAAGAUUGUCUAUGCAGGUGUCAUUAAAGCAACCAUUCGGCGACAAUUCUCGAAUGAUGUGGAGAUGAUGUCUGGAUACAUUGACGAGAACACAAGGAUGAUCUUUCGAUCAAGCUCAGCAAAAUACUUUGUCUUUAUCCAAAUGUCACGUGAAAUGUGGGAGUUCGAUGAGGAUGGAGAGCUCUACUAUGAGAAGGUCGUCUAUCAUUUCCUACCAGAGCUAUUUCAAAAGUGGAAGGAAGAAGGAACCAACCAUGUUGUCUCGUUUGUCCUGUUUACAAGAGUCUUUUAUGACGACCCGCCUGUGGACGAUGCGCUAGUUAUCAAAACUGAGGAUGGAAGAUAUUACAAGGAUUUCUACAAGGUGGUGGCAGAUUGGGAAACAGUGGAUGAUUGGAUGGCUAUCAUUGGACCCCUCAAGGAUGAGCAACUCAAGUUUCAGCAAAGUGUGUUGAUGCGUCAUGGCGAGAAAAAGGGUGAUCAAGAGUCAAAGGCAUCACUAAGUGGGCGAAUCUCGAUAGCCUAUGAAGGCAAUGUGCUGGAAGCCGUCAACUUGGCAUUGAAUCCCUUUGAUAACCAUUAUGUGGAUCGUGAUUUGAUGCGUACUGGCUUGUCAGUCAUACUCGUUACUCCAGGGCCAGGCAAAUUUGAAGCCAGUAAAAAGUUACUUCGAUUGACAAAUGAACGAAUGACCGAUAAUGGUAUCGCCAUGGACCUUGUAUGUUUGUCGCCACUGCCAUUACACGUGACUCCCUUAUUCGUGUACAAAUCAUCACCACCACCCAACGAGGUUUUGCAAGAACAGCUACAUCUUUCAGCCACACAACAACGAUACAAAGGAGGAACAGGAGGAUCACCAGAGACGAAGACAUUGAUGAUGAGCAAACACAAAACAUGGGAUCCCAUGUAUGAGGAUGACGCGCUGCCAAAUACCUACACGUAUUAUUCUGUGCCACAUUGGAUCGACUGCAGCUUUUAUUCUCAAGGCAACUUUUUACAAAAGAGAGACAAGUUUCGUACACGAUGCAAAAUGUACGAGUUGCAGAUGAUGGGUAUUAUGGAGCAUGAUCUUGCUGGUAUUUCUAUUCCAUACUUGAGCCAACAACAAGAAGGAUCAUCAUCAUCAGCAUCAUCUCGUCUUCGCACACAACGCAGCAGCAGCAGUCUCAAUGACAAGUUGAGCAAAUCGAUUGAUUCAACAACUGGCAACAGUGAAGCAUACCUUUCGAGAUCAGCCAAUUUUGCAUCCAUGCGACAACAUCAUUCUUUGUUACAGCAGCAGCAACAGCAACAAUUACAACAGCAACAACAACAGCAGCAGGGAGCUGAAAGCAACAAAUUGGCGGCAGCGGAUUAUGCAAGAUACGAUUCGGCUGUAUUUAAAGAUUCACCUGAACCAAGAUUUGGUCGACGGAUACCAGCUUCUUCCACGCCAACACAAAAGCUUAUGACACCAACGAAGCAAAAGAACUCAUUUGAAAGCCCUGAUCGAGGUCAAGACACUGAGAAUUGGUUGAUGAAGAAUAAUACUGGGUUAAAAUCCAAUAUGACUUGGCAUCAUGGAGACCAGCGUCGGAUGAUGUCGAUAUUAUCGCAAUCCCAGCAAGCAGGUAGCAAGAUUACAUUUGACAACAAUGUCCGCAAAGAUGAUCAUCCAAUGCGAGCCAGUGAUAUCUUCAAAGGAACUUCACCUGGACGCAAUACAGCCGAAGAUGGUACUACUACGGCACGAGUACGAACACCAAGACGUGGGACUCUCAACAGCAGCCAUAUUGGAUUGGCUGUAGAUUCACCUAGCAGCAGCAACAUGGCAGUGGAUGAUGAGGAUUUGAUGCUCGUGAGUUCGAGUACGGUGGAUCCAGUACCCAUCAGAGGCGGCUUUGGUGGUAGCGGUAUUGGCAGUGGUGGUAGAGGCGUCGCUGGUGGUACGGCAGCAGCAGGUGGUGGUGGAGAUGCACGCAAAUCCAACAAUCCAUCACCACGACAAGUAGGCAGUGUUCCUUCAGUACACAAGCAUUCGGGGAACAGCGAUGCAGCUCUAAGGACAAGCUUUGGUGGACAAUACAGGACAUCAUCAUCGCCUUUGCAUAGUAGCGCCAUUACUGGAAGGAACAAUGCAUUGAGAAAUGUCAUGAUCAAUCCAUGCAAUCCAUCCGAUUAUACCAUGUUAUUUACGAGUCAUUUGCGACGAUGGCUGCAUGCUUUACCACGUGUCGACCAAUACGAUGGGCCUCGUGUGCAUUGGAGAUCCCUCACGUGCCCAGCUUGUCUUCCUUUGACCACUGACUACUUCCCAUCCAACGAGGAGCUCAAAAAGGAUUAUCGUCAUUACAUGUAUACUGUCUCUGCAAGUGAAGACGUUAACUUGUAUCAAGCCGGUGAUCGAUCCAUUUCAGAACAUAAGCGCACAGCCAACUUGCUACAAGAAAUGAUUAGCCAGCGUCUUGCGCAAGGUUUUCAAAUCAUUGUUGAUGUCACAGGAAGCAGCCACAACCAUCAUCAUCAUUACCAACAACAACAGCAACAUCAUGUCAAUCAUUUCAAGUCAAUUACAGCAUCAGCAGGUGCUACUACGAAUGCCUAUGAUGGCGUGGGUGGUCAUACUGGACCGGCCAAGGAUGUCAAUAGUACACCAUUCAUAAGCAGUACAAGUGGACCAUUACCAGGCAGUGGUAUAGCAGCUCCUACGAAUACGGUUGUAGGAGGAGGCGGACUUGCAGCACCAUCUGCAGCUGUAGCAGCAGCCACAUCAGGCAGUGGUAGUGGCAGUGGCGUUCCUGGUGGUGGUGGGACAACAACAACGAGCACGACAACGAUUGCUAUGAGCAAAACUAUUGCACGAAGUGAUGCUGAAGAGGAUACAGCCAAAUGGAAGCACAUGGUGUGGUGGCUAUCUAUGGGGUAUCAAGUUCAUCAGCUGACAUUUGAUUCAUCGUGCCAAAACGUGGAGGUGCGUCGUUACGUGCGUCAAAUCACAUUUGAUACCAAAAAGACCGGAUACAAGUGUGCUAUAUGGCCAAAGAAUUUAUCCACCUAUCGACCCAAGAGUGUAUCAUUCAGCUACCCGAGUUUAUUGUAUGCAUGGAAUUACCUGGAUCAUCUUGUUGCUGGUUAUCAGGAUGAACUUACCGACAACUUACGUUUCUGGAGAGCACGUUUCAUUGUCAUUCCUCGUGAGACUUUACCUGCCAAUACACCCUUAUCAACCCACAUAGGCGCAUCUUCGCUUAAUACGCUUGAUGAUGAAGAGAAACGUCUUGCACUCUUUGACAUUUGGUUACAAAACUUACGCAAGGCCAAGUCAUUGUCUCCACAAGAGCGUGAGGAAAUGCACAAGAAUCGCCGUCGAAAGGAAUUAGCCGUAUCCGACUUUGGUUUACGUAUCACCACAAUGGAUCCUUCGGCAUAUGUCACCAAUGAGGCCAUCAAGCCUGUUCAACAACCACCAGCAGGCACUAGCAGUAAUGGCGAUUCACCGCUUUUCAGUCAUCCAAGCACAAGCAGUUUAUUGUCAUCCAUUGGUGGCACGCUCAGCCAACAACUUGGUUUAUCACGUGAUAGCAAGUCCAAGGAUAUUGCUCAGGCCAUGCGAGAUCCAAAGGCGGGCUUACGUAUGGCUGACAGGCGAUGGCAUUUCAAAGUCUACACCUACUCAUUUAUUGGAAGCGAGUUUGUGGAUUGGAUUAUUGGUCAAUUUGACGAUAUCAACACACGUGAGGAUGCUGUCGCUUUUGGCAAUGCGUUGAUGCAGCGUAAACCACCGUUGUUUGUGUCAUCCACCAGUCGUCAUAGCUUUUUGGAUGGGCAUUACUUUUAUCGACUCCACAAUGAAUACCUGCCCAAGCAGCAGCAACAGCAGCAAACUCAACGCACUUGGUUCACAAUGAAGAGUAAGACAUCGUCACCUGCGACUACAACAAACACUCCAAGUGCAGCUGGUUCUUCAGGUUCAACACCUUCGUUGGCUGGUAGUGAUAGCAAAGACAAGGAAGCUAAUUCAGGAACGGGAUCACCUUCACCCAAUACAACAAGCAACCAAUCCCAACAACAGCAACAGCAACAAGGUUCAUCUUCCACAGCACAACAAGCAUCGUCAUCAUCAGGAUUUACACCGCCAAGACGACGUCGUCGAUCUGUGGAUUUUGAAAUGACACGUGAGAUGAUUAUUGAUGUGGAUCCAUACAAAAAGAGCGAUCGACGAGAGACGGCCAUUCUUCAUUAUGAUACCAUUCAUAAUGCCAACAACUGCUACCAUUUUCAAAUCAAUUGGCUUGGAUGCAUGGCACAGCUCGUACAAGAAUUGGUACAAAAUUGGAGUCGUCAAGCUGAGCGUUGUGGAUUACUUGUGGUGGAAGGCUCUGUGGAUCAGGCUUAUGAUGAUUCCGAAAACAACAAUCCAUUCCAAUGUCCAGUGCCCAUUGAUUUGGCAGUGAAACCUCCUUCGGUUGCUGAACUUAAUGCUGCUGCUGCUGCAAGUGGUGGGAACAAUGGAGGAUAUGGGAUUCCUGACAACAUUUAUGAAGCAGCACUUGUACGGCAUAUGGGCUUUGUGCUUGAUGUGGAGGCAGAUUCCAAGUUUGAUCGUGCUCUUGCCGAGGGAGUACAUGCAAAGUACACUUAUCACAAGGAACCAUACAAAUACGAUCAGUACAUUCAUCGUUCAGGCGUGGCGUUUGUUCAAAUUCGACAUGAUAACAAGGGCUUUUAUUGGGUCAACAAUCGCUUGUACACGAACCAUACACCAUCACUUGUCAUGAUGGGUCGUAGGCGUGCAGCUGCAGCUGCUUCAUCAACCGAGGGAAGCAAUGGAUCGACCAACAUGUCAAACAUGCAUCAACAACAGCACCCGGAGUUGCUAAGACAACAAUUUCAAGACUUUUGUUCGGAUGCUACGCGACUAGCUGAAUUUUGGGAAACGACACGACACAACUUGUUGGCAGAGCAUCACACUGGCACUGAAGCUUGGGUAUUUGAGAAUGCUCAGGUUGUUCUUUCUGGUGAUGCUGAUCAACAACAACAACAACAAUCAUCCGUACAAACACCGACAAUACCUUCAUCCACUACCGCUGCUAUUCAAGAGGAAAGCAACAUGACGCCAUCAGAAACAACAACUGCUACUGCUAGCACCAUCACCACCACCACCACCACCACUACUACUACUACCACUACUGCUGCUACUGCUAUUCCAGAGCACAAUGCAACAUCCCAACCACCACCACAGCCACCACAGCCAUCAGCUCCCACUCCUUCAUCUGCAAAAUCGCCAUCAGUCAUAUCCGAUACGGAUUCCUCUAAUAGUAAUAACAACCCAAAACCAGCAUGA